AUGAAUGAGCUACUAUCAUCUCUAAUUAACCUUCGGGUAAAUGAAGAGUUAAAAAACAGUAGUAAUAUUAGUGAUAGAUUAUUAUAUAUAGUUUGGAAUAAUAUAUUUUUAAGAAAUGAAAUUCAUAAACAUAUUUUAAAGUUUAUUAAACAUAGUUUUGUAGAAUUUGAUAAAUCCCGUUAUGACCAGUUUAAAGAUAAAUCAUAUAUAACAACACUUAAGUGGGAUGGUGAUCUGCCAGAUAAAAAUGAAUUUCCACCAUUUUUGACAGAUUUAUAUUUGUGCCGUUUUCAUAAAAUGUUAACUCCAACAACUUUACCAAAUACAAUUACUACACUCACAUUCGGUGAUAAAUUUAACCAAGUAGUUCCACCCGGCACAUUACCAAAUAGUAUCUUCAUAAUAAGAACUCAAUUAUUAAUUUUUCAAACUCAAUUCUUAGACUCUGAUUUUGCCCAUUACUCAAAUUUCAAAGCUGACACUAAUGCUAUCCCGUUACCACAUCAUAGAUAUGCUACAGCGUGCUUCUAUGCAGAGAAAUUAGGUAUUGAAAUCGAGUUUCAGCGUAAUGGUAUUUGGAACAUCAUACCAGAUCCUAACCCAGAAUCUGAUAAAGACAAAGAUAAAGAUGUAUACUCAAACUAUGACCGAAUUAAGAAAACAUUUGACAAUCAAUCUAGCAAAAUGGCUUCAAUAAUCAGAAAACACACAAAUUCAUUAUUAUACAACAAGGUGCUAAGUGAAGAUGUAGGUAUUGGUAAGAAAAGACUAUGGAGAGAUUACCACAAAUCAUGGCUACAUUGGAUGAACGGUUGGGUUCACAUUCCCCCUAAUGUGGAAGCUACCUUUUGGGAUGCAAUCUUAUCAUUACUACCAAAUAGAAUAUCAAUGGUACACCGUGACUCAAGUUACUCAGCUGAUACAAGAUGUAUAUUAUGUUCUAGUGCUGAUGAGUCAAUUGAACACUUAGUUGGUGGUUGUACUGGUAUGAAUAAACACGGUAGAAUAAGACGUCAUGAUGCAGUAGUAACCGAGAUUAGUAAAUCACUGAUCAAACACUAUGAAAUACCAAACGUUAAAAACUACUCAGAUCCACACAUUACUUACUCACAAUCAAAAGAUAACGAAAUGACCAUCAAUAUUGAAAUUAUUCGGGAUAUAUGCUUCAAAAACUCUCAAUCGAAGAUAUCUUUUAUACACCCUAAAUUUUAUAUUAUGUUUCACUUUUUGUAA